UUCAUUUCCAAUGGCAGUGUUUGUAUUUUCUGUACAAAGUCACACACUCCUUCUCCUCUCCUUCGCUUCAUUUCCCUCUCAUAACCUCUCAAUUCCGUAACAACCCCAAACCCUAGACGCUCGCAUUUUCCGCACUCCUUUUUCAGGAAAUAGUUGCUUGUAUUUCAUGGCUUGGGAUCUAUGGAGUUCAUCUUUUGAUCAAGGUUCCUAUGAUGGUAACUGCUCCGAAAUUCUUGAGUGGCACUGUGAUUACUUUGGCUGUGGCCUUGAUACGAUUGAGGAAGAUGCCUUGAAUGAGGAGUCCUGUGUUCAGGUAUUGAGAAUUAUGAUCACCAAGGCAGAUACUCAAAUUGAGGAACUUGAAAGGGAUCUCUUGUCUCUUCAGAAUGAAUUGGCCUGGUCUGAGCAUGAAAACUGGCCUGAAAUAUGUUGUAGUGCUUUGACUGAAAGGAUCGAUCGACUUGAUGUCGCAGUCACUACUUUGAAGAGUGAUCAUGCUGAUGAUACAGAGAUGCAGCUACUUUUGCAUGGUAAACCUGCUGAGACCAUUCAUGAAAUAGUGAAAGCUUUACAUAAAGCUCACUGUCAAGAUACACAUGGCCAGGAUCCAGACAAUGAUUCUAACAAUAUUGAUUCAAAUGGAAUUAUAAGGGAGGGAGGAAAAGAAGACUUUGGAACUUCAGAAAACUCUAAAAGCUCAGAACUUCUUUUGGAAUUUCAUGAAAAGAGAUCGGAUGAUCCUAAAAAGAUUGAGGAAUUGCUCACAAUAUCUCUUGUGAGAAGUCCUAAUUUGGGGGUUGUUAGCUGUGUACCUUGCCAUUCUGAUAGGAUCAUAUUAUCUGAUACAUCAGAUGAUAAAGUUACUGGAGAUGAGGAUGCCAGGCAAAGCCAACUUGUUACUAGAGAUUCAUGUCAAAUCUUGAAUCAGUUUUUGUCCCAGGGAAAUGGAAAUAUUCCAAGUGAAGCCAAGGAAGAAAAUACAUUACUGCAGAGUCAGCUCAUUACUGCAGAGUCAGGUCAAAUCUUGAAUCCGUUUUUGUCCAAGGGAAAUGGAAAUAAUCCAAGGGAAACCAAGGAAAAAAAUAUAACUGUCGAAGAAAAUGUCUGCUCAGAUGAUCAAAGACUUGCAAUUGUCAAGGGGAGCCUACUCAUUGCUACAGAUACAUGUCAACUAUUGAAUCCAUUGUCGUCUAAGGGACUUGGAAAUGUUCCAUGUGAAGCCAAGGAAGAAAAUACAAAUUUCAAAAAAAAUGUUUGCUCAAAUGAUUACAGACUUGCAAUUAUCAAGGGGAGGAAAAUGUAUUCUCAUUCCAGGAUUGGUUCUGCCCAACAAGAAGAAAGUGAAAAUUCUGAUUUAGCUAAAAAGCUGUGUGAAUUUGCUCCAAAAACUGCACGAAGGGCCUGCAGGAAAGCAUCCAAGGUUGCUCCAGAUGAAGAUUUGGAAUCUAUGAAUGUACCCCUACAAAUUGUUUAUCCUAAAAAAAAGUGUUUUGCUGAUACAGAAUCAAGUGCCUCUAAAGAAAAUAAUGGCAACAAUUCCCUGCAAGUGAUAAAAUUUGAAAAUGUCAUCCUUAAUGCUGAAAAUUCUGCAUUAAUUUCACUGCCAGGGAUGCAAACCAAGAAAGUCCAGAGUACUAGGUUGCAGUUGACAGAUGAAGAGGAACCACAAGUGCAAGACAUAAAAUCCAAAAUUGCUGUUAACAUCAGUAAGUCCAAUAAACAUUUCCCUUCAAAGUUUAAAGCUCAGGGAAAGAAGAAACCUGAAUUUGAGGCUUGUUCUGCCAUAAAACCACUUAACAGUCCGGCCGAAGUUAUUCCAAGUACAUCUGAGAAUGUACCAACCAAGAGGCAGCGAAAACCAAAAACAUGUACUGCUGGUACGAUCUUAAAUGAGCCCAUGGAUAGUAAAAUUACCAAGAGGGCCGUGCAGCCGGGACAACAUAAAACUGAUGGUAAUGCUAUUGUUCUUUAUGACAGAGAAUAUGCAUCAACCAAGAGGCAGCGGAAACCGGACACCUGUACUGCUGGUACAAUUUUAAAUGAGCCCAUAAAUAGGAAAAAUACUAAGAGGGCUGUGCAUCCGGGCCAGCAUGAAGCUGAUGGUAAUGCUAUUGUUCUUUAUGACAGCAAAUUUUCUGACUUUCAAAAGAAAAGAAGAGUUUCAAAGUUGGCAAUUACUUCAGACGUACAAAGUUCAAUUGUUAGCUUGGACAUAACAAAUUUAGAUAGGGUUCCAAUGGAUAAAGGAAGGCAGUAUAAUGACAAGUUGCUUUCUUUGGUGGAUUCUCAUAAUGAGAGCUCAACUUUGCUCCCUAUUUACUCGACGGAAACCUUGAUGAGUUUGAAAGUGAAUGAAUUGAGGUCCAUGGCAAAGCAGCACAAAAUAGAAAAGUACUAUAAGCUUAAGAAAUCUACUUUGGUUGAACUAUUAGUUAAGCAUCACGGUAGCUGCUGAACUUACUAUUGGGCUUCAUAGUGUUAGCUCAUUUUUGCCAUGCUUUUCUGGACAUCCUUUUUGGGGUUAGGUGUGCAGUGUUUCCAUGGAAUUUGGUAUAGGAUUCUAACAUAGUUGUGAAAAAUACGUAGGCAAGCCAAAAUGGAUUUUGUGAAAGGAUUUUGUACAGCCUAUAGAUAGAAUACUUUGUAAAUGAAAGGAAGUAUAGGUUUUCUUCCUUGCAGUUGGUUAGUUAUUGCAGGCUCAUUGGAGAUUUGAAACUUCGCACUUGUGUCACAUCGAGCUGCAAUGUGAUUCAGUAUCAAGAUACAAUUCAAAAUACAGUUAACAACUAAACAUUCACCUUGCUGAAUAA